ACCGCUUCGAAAAACUUUGGCACACCUCCGCCGCGAUAACCCGAAGUGUCGGCGCUGUCGCUCGUGUCAGUCCCGCGGUGACGCGCACACGCCGCUGUGAGUCAAGACACAAUGCGAGGAAAUCCCCACGGCCGAGGGAACGACGAGAGGCCCCUUUAAAUCGAAAGAGAGAGAGAGAGAGAGAGAGGGAGAGAGAGACGCAGAGAGACUGAGAGAGAGAGAGCCCUGAUAAACAACAACACAGUUCUCAGAAGCCGCGUUUACCGGACUCAGCCCAUAACUGCGGCCUCGGCGAAAGAGAGGUGAGGCUGCGGGGACCUUCGUUGUGCCGUCCGCUGUCCAUACAUUCGUUGUUGAAUUGCCAUUGCGGAAGUGAGAGAGGCUUUUUUUUUUUUUUUUAAGGGCACGACGCAAAGCUUUGGACUGUGCGGACAUCUAGCGGCCAUUUGGGAGAAGGCGUGCUGGUGGCGAGAUGUACGGAGCGUCAGGUAUCCCCGAGCUCAUCCCGCCCGGCGGGCCGCCCCGGCAGCCCGGCGCGGCGGGCCAGUACAACCCGGGGCACCCGCAGGUCAACGGCCACGGCGGCGCGCCCAACCCGCAGAGACUCGGACAGAGAGCCCCGAAACUGGGCCAGAUUGGCCGGACCAAGAAAGUGGACUUGGACGAUGAAGACCUGGAUGACAUCAUGAACAACAACGGGCAGUGUCCUGUUGCCCUGUCUCCCAUCUCCUAAACUUCACCAGAAAGUGCCAAAAAAGAUAGAUAUGUGAAAAAAAAAGAAUCCCCCCGGGACGCCAAAACCUCCAUGGCGGUGAUCUUGGUCUUGGUCCCGCCAAGUGUCCUACUGAAGCAUCUGACGGCUCAACGCGGCACGAAACCGGCUCACUUAGCGCCAGCUGAAGCCUACAGGCUCUGGUUGUAUAUAGGGUUUAUUUAACUUAACUUUGGUCAUACUGUGAAAUAAUUGAAUUGUGUUGCAUAUCCCCCCCCCCCGCUCUACACCUCAGUCGGUGGCGGACUUAUCAGGACUUGGGGAAGGUUUGGAGGAAAGUGUCUAUAUUUUUCAGAGCUUCUUAAAAAAAGGGCUACAUUUCUAAAGUUGCACUGAGCAGAUGGCGAGGUGAAAAGCCGCCCCUUGCCUGCCUGUUUACCGGUGAGGGGUUACUGAUUUGUCUGUGGUUUGCGGGAGGGGGAAACGCGCCUGCUAAUGUGUAUCCACACAGGUCAAACAUUAAGCUUUGGUUGUGCAAUGACUAUCAUUCUCUACUCUCACACUGAUGCAAGCUGUGUACGGUUUUUCCAGUGGACGGAAGCUGGCUAUUUAUCGAAGAAAAAAAGAACAGCAGCUCCUGCUAAUUAUUUUUAAGAAAAGAAUCGAGACACUUUUGUUGUUGUUGUUUUUCUUGGCUUCUACAUGGUUUUUACUCGUCUUCUGAAUGGAUAUCGCUUCUGUCAUUUAUUAUGUUUCCAAAUGGUGCACUUUGUGGGAAUGCUGGUCAUGUGCAGAAUUCUAUGCAUGGAGUCUGUGAAGCGCGCCAGAACACGUAAGCUGGUACAUCAUGUUGUGAAGGGCUACUGCACGUAGCAGUAUUUCCGACCGCACCACCGUUUUUUGCUCUCCAGAUCACGCGGAGUCAGCGUGAGCUCAGUGUUUGCUCGGGCCGCAGACACGGCAGUUAAAACAAAACAAAAAAACCACAAACAGCACGUUGCUUGAGGUUGUGCUUGUUUCCGAUGGCAGGGGUCUCCCAGUUUGGGCCACGCCUCUGUGAUAACAGACAUUGGGCAGCAGGGAAGAAAAUGCCAAAUGACAUUUGAUGGUGCAUCAGAUUGAUCAUCAAAAAAUACACACAGCACAUGCUUGUUGAGCUACGCACGCAUGGCGUCAUAGUGUCUUUCAGGUUCAGGUUGACUACUUAAAGUUGACGUCAACCUUUGCGCUGCAAUUAUGAGAUAAUGAAAAACAAGCAGUCUGGGAUUAGCCGUUAUUGCUGAGACAAUCUUAACACUGAUGGGAUGUGCUUUUCGUUUUUUAGGGGGUGGGUUAAAGAUUGCAGUGGACCUUAGAAUGAUAUAAUGUCUGUAAAGGCUCAUGCUGAUGUCAUGUUACUUAGUUGGCUGUGAAAUUGUUACUAUAGUUCACUUUGAGUUCACAGCUAAUUCUCGGACUCAAAGAUUUGUCCGUUUGGGUCGCGGUUACCAUUUGCAUGGAAAUGGUCCACUUUUUGGAAAUGCAUCCCGGGAAAUAAAUGACAAAUCCCUGUGAAUCUUUGCGUUUUGUGUUAAGUGUAUUUUAACAUGCCUGAUUUACAGUUUUUCUCUGUCGUUCUGAUGCACCUGUGUCAGUUGUGUUCUGAAAGUGCAAAAAUGCAGUGAUCAAUACUUAAAAAUGCAUUUACCUAA